AUGACGGACCUGACCCUGUGCGUCCACGCGUACUUGGCGACCACCAAAAAUCCUGAUCUGGCUUCUUGUGUCUUGAGUAUAAUUAAUAAAUAUUUCACUACACAAAUCACGUAUGUUGACAUACUAUCUGAUGAGGACAUACUGCGAGAUAUGAAAGAUAAUUUGACGAAUUCUAUUAUAUCACGACAAGUGCACGUCAGUCUUGCGGAGUACAAUGAAAAUUACUUGGUUCACGUCGGCACGGUGGCAGACUUCGUCAAGGAGUUCCCGUGUCUCAUCCACGAGCCAGCGUGGAAACCCACCGUAAAUUUUUUGAUAAUUUUUAACGAAAUUGAAACAGACAUUCGGGAUAUUUUUGAUGUACUCCUUAAGUUGCAUGUCAUCAACGUUCUUGUUGUUCGAGCGACUGAUAUGAAUCUGUACACCUAUAACCCAUUCGAGAACUAUGGCUGUGGAAAACGUUAUGACAGAUUAAUCCAUUAUGGUAAAUGCUCGCAGCCUAACGUCGCAAAUGUUUACCCUGAGAAAGUAACAACUGGUCUUCAGCGCUGCAACUUCAAUGUCGAGACAGUGCACUGGCCACCCUUUGCUAUUAACCCUGCUCAAACAAAGGUUGGUGGCGUGCAAGGAGUCGAGCAGUAUAUUUUGGAAGUUCUUGCUGAGAUCGAACAUUUCAACUAUACUCUCCUAUACACAGACAACGCCGAACGGUUCUCAACUAUUGAUCGCAAUAUGUCUGUCGUUGGCCCAUUGAAAGCGUUGCGAGACAACGCCGUGGACAUCAGUAUGGGUGGGAUGCUGCUUUUGGAAGAAAGGGCGGUGGCGUUCGAUGUCCUAUGGUCACAUUUACCAGUAGACGAAGUGAUCAUAUUAGUGAAAAAAGCGGAAAAAAGAUAUACCUGGCGAUACAUUACUAUGGAAUUUCCACCAGUAGUUUGGAUUUUGCUCGUUCUUGUGUUCUUGCUUUACGCGUGGUUCAUGAUAAAAGCAUUCAAAGUUCAGGAUAGGGCUCUGUUGAUCUUGAAUAUGUUCGGAGCUCUACUUCUUCACAGUGUCAGAAUGAGGGACACUGCGGUGACCAAACUCGUGUGGAUAUAUUGGGUUUGGUUUGCUUUCCUGAUCGGGUCGCACUACACCACGAUCUUGACGAGCCUGACGACACAUCCUUUGGAAGCUUACCAGAUUUCCAAUGAGGAGGAUUUGGCCAUUUACAAGUUGAAGUCGUGUGUGAGCCCAAUAAUGCAGGACGUGUCAGCCCAGGGCAAAGAAUUGACUUACAAGCCUGAAGCUCUGUCGCAUGGAUGCGGGAACCUUUACCAAAGCAUGGAGACGCACUAG